AUGUUAUAUUUUACAUAUAUUUUUGCCUCUCUUUUGAUCAUACUUACCUUUCUCUUUACAUCUCUAUUUUUCUCUGUCUCUCUCUCUCUCUCUCUCUCACACACACUUCCUCCUUACAUCACUUUUUUCUUUCUCUCUCAUUACACUGGUCUUAUUCUCAAUCUCUUUCUUUAUUUUAUUUCCUUUCUUCUCAAUCAUUUCUAUUUUCUAUCUUACCGCUAUAUUUUUCCUUUACUUUUCUUCUUUUUUUAUAACUUUCUCUGUUAUCUUCUUCUCCAAUCUCUGUCUCUUUCUCUCUCAUUACCCCAUUUUCUAUUUAUAUCACUCUUUCUCUCAGUGUUCCUUUACUGCUUGCUCUCUCUCUCUCUCUCUAAAUUAUUCUCUUUACUGUUUACCUUUUUCUUUUCUCUCUGUCACUCUCUUUCUAGUUUUCUUUAUUGCUCUCUUUCCCAUCUUCUUACUGCAUUCAAUUUACUCUUACCUUUCUCUUUAACACUCAUUUUCUCUUCCUUUUUACCACUCUUUCUCUUUUUUUCAUUUUGCCGUGUUCUUUUACCACUCAUACUUGUCUUUCAAUUUACCACUCUAUCUUCUAUUUAUUUUUACCAUUCACUUUUAAUUUCCCUUUACCAAUCUCCAUUUUCCCCAUUCACUUUAACACUCUCUUUUUUCCUUUUCUCAACUGGAUUCUUCAUCACUCUCUUUUUCCCCCUUUCUUUUUACCACUCUCUUUUUAGCCUUUCACAUUACCACUCUCUUUCCUCCCCCCCACCUUUCAUUUCAGCACUGUUGCAAUGA